UACUACUAGGGGAGUAGUAUUUAACAUUCUCUUCUAGUCUCUAUGAUCUGCGUACCAUUUUGUUUAACUUAUUUGCUUUAAAAGUUCCACUUGCAAUGGCGAUUGAGCUGUGUUCAUCUGACGAGUCUAGUGUGGGCAUAAUGAGUCCAGCUCGGAUCUCCUUUUCUCAUGAUGUUUCACAAACAGGCUCUGUUCCUAUUGAACAAUAUAUUCGAUCAACUUCACCUUCCUCCAGCAUUGAUUUUGAUUUUUGUGUAUUUCGUGAGAGCUUAGAUCUAGGAUCUUCUUCUGCUGAUGAGCUUUUCUUUGACGGAAAGAUUCUUCCAAUUGAAAUCAAGAGAAGAAUUUCCUCUAUUCCGCCUAGAAAAACAGAGCAGCAACAACAAUUACCACCGCCACAUCCUCUGCCUCCGUGUAAUACUAGUGGCAAAACGUCGAAUAAUGAAUAUGCAAUCCAAAAUAACAAAACAGGGGUUCUCGAAUCAUCGGAUGAGAAACAGAAUCCCAAUUCCAAGUCGUUUUGGAGAUUCAAAAGAAGUAGUAGUUGCGGGAGCGGGUAUGCAAGAACUUUAUGUCCAUUGCCACUUUUAUCUAGAAGCAAUUCAACUGGUUCAUCUCCAAGUGUGAAGCGCAAUUCAACAUUAUCAAAGGAUAAUUUAAAGCAUCAUUCUCAAAGACACUUAUCAAAAUCAAUGUCUUCUAAUGGUUCAAACAGUCAAAAACCUCCAUUGAAGAAGGCACCAUACAACAAUGGAGUCAAAUUCAGUCCAGUACUAAAUGUCCCUCCAGCAAAUUUGUUUGGAUUAAGCACUUUUUUUUCAAGUGGCAAGGAAAAGAACAAGAAGAAGUGAUUAAUUAAUGAAUAAGUAGCAUUUGCUUUAUCAGUUUCCAAAAUUAGUAAGGUGUGAUUAAGUUAUUUUUGCUCACUUUUUCCAUUAACAUGAUUGAGAUUUGAGAA